GGCAUAGAAUGAAAAUAGUAAGACCUGCCAAAAAUAUUUUGAAUGAUUGAUUCUGUUUGAGUUAUGCUUGCUUUCACUUCAACAUUAUUAACCUUAGUGAGAAAGAUAACAUGCUUGAUGUGUUGACAUUACUGUUAAAAAAAAUAUACGUAUAUAUCAAAAUUCUCAUUCUGAGGACAGUCACGUUAUCAGGGUGCAUGUUAACAUGCUGUAUGAAAAUGAUUAAUAGGUUUGGGUCAUUAUUUGUCCAAGGUGGGUCUGACAACAUAUUGUAGUCACUGUUACUCUCUCAUAUGCAACCUGCAGCAAGACUGUGAACAGCCAGGCUUAGAUUAUUUACGUCUGAAUUAGAGUCAUGAGUUAAGGUAAAGGCUGGUUUAAGGUUAGGAAAGGAAUUGUAGUCAAUAUCGUGAGUUUAGCCAAAGCUCUCACAAGCACAGCAAGGUUUGUGUGUAUGUGUGUCAGUGGGAGGGGCCAAACACAGCACCUGUCACUCAGCACCUGGGAGAUGACAGACAGAGGAGUGAAUGUGGACAGUAAACUAUAGAGUACAAGAAUAAAGGACAAACCAGAGGGACGGGAACUGUGCUGUGGACUACUACUAACUCACCUGAGCUCUCUCUUCUAGUAUUUCAUGUGAUUUGCCAUCGCUACCUUCAGGAAAGAUUUUUAAACUUUGCAACAGGGUGACGGCAUCAAGCAACAUGUUUAUUGGCCUGAUUCUCCAAAUAUACUCCCCUCAUAUGUAACAUCACUUAAGGUUUUGGUGUAAAUCUGGGUGAAGAAAAUGGAUGGUGGACUCUCCUCUGAGAAGAAACCGGGAUUAAAAGCCUUCAGGUGAGACUUAAAUUGUCCUGCCACUUUGUGGAAACGUCUUAUCAUAAACUGGCACCAAAGAAGCACAGACCUCUGCAAGUAUACUUAUGCAUAUAAACACAGUAGUAUUAUAACAGAGGUCAACAGGACAGUGGAAAUGGAAUGCAGUUCCCCAAAGUGUUUUGUGGCUAGAAAACUGAAAUCUGGAGUUAAACAAGUUUUGGAUUGAAGAGACUGGAAACUGAUCCCGAAACCUGCUGAAGUCAACCACAGCUGAAGACAAACAUCCGUAUCAAACAGCAUUCCCUCCAUCCCACCAUUCAUCCAUCAUGGCAGAGCCGUCUCCAGGCUGGUGGAAGCUGACCUUCCUGAGGAGAAAAAAAUCCCAGCCCAAGGUUCUGUAUGAAAUUCCCGCAGAGUCUGUUUCCAAUGCAGCCACUGGCCAGCAUGGGUCCGGCACAGCCACUACAGCUGCUGCCCACCCGGAGAACAUGGUACACAACUCUCAGCUGGAUGCCCGACUGGAGAGGAUCAUGGAUAAAACAACAUCCACCAAGGGGCGCCACGUCAAGGUGUCUCACUCUGGGAGGUUUAAGGAGAAGAAGAAAGUGCGAGCCAGUCUGGUGGAGAACCCGGAGAUGUUUCCAGGGGGUGACCCCACAAAAGAUGAGAACCAGAGGGCCGGGAAGUGACAGUGUGGUGGUGGUUGCUGCUUCAUCCACUGUAGAGUUUAAAAGGGACUUAUUAUGCUUUUCCUAAUUUUAUGUCAUAUAUAUAGCAUUAAAAUGAAGGAUGUUCAUGUAAACAUGGCCAACGUUUCAAAUAGCAGGGUAAAGGUAUGUAGAAAUAAUUCCUGUUAGCAAAAACCUCAUGUUUGCUACCAUUGUGAACACUCCAUCUCCAACAGUUUUUUCUACUCUGGCUACAGUAUGAGGUCACAUUAUGCUGGAUUUCUUCAUAAGGUUUUCUGUUCCAGGCACACUACUGCAACUGCUAUGUAGCCUAUACUGCUAAAUGAAGCUACAUGCUAACGACAGGAAGACAUGUAAACAUGGUUGCCAGUGUUGGAAAUUUCUCCCCGGUUUUCAGAUUAUAUUCCUGCUGGAACAGGUCCAGUUGUGUUUAGAAGCUUUUACUGGUGAUUUUGUUUUAUUUUUUUUUCCCACGGCAGAGAGUGCCACCAUUCUCCAGUUGAGUCAUUCCCUGUCUGCAAGUACACUGCUAAUGUCAACAUCAUUCUCAUAGAAUGGUUUGUAUGAUAUCCUACAAAAAAAAUGCAUGCACAACAGUUAAUAUGAUACUGUACGAACUUGCGUCCCACGAAUAACGUUAUGUCCUUAACGUACAGUUAGAAUAGAAUAGAAUAGAAUAGAAUAGAAUAGUACUUUAUUGUCGUUAUACAACGAAAUUACCUAAAGUUACCUAAUUAACACAGAGUUAUUGAGGUUAGGGUUAGGCAAUAAAUUUUACAGUUUAGGAAAACAAACAUGGUGAGGACAUACCUUAAAAUGACUCAAAGUUCACUCAAAGUUCAAAGUACACCUAGACCACAUAGCAAAUGUAUCUAGUCAUGCUUCGUGGAUCUACACAUCUUUACAUUUUUUUUUUUUUUUAAUUUAAAAAACAAAAUGGUUAAAACCUACUGUAAAAUUCUGCCUGGGUUGAAUAAUGAUAAUUCACUCGCCUAUACCUUUCAAAAAAAAAGUUCACCCUUACUUGUUAGCUGCAAUAUUAAUGCAUAUACUGUGGUCUACCUUUUUUUAAUCAAGGCAGUGUAUUUCAAUGGAAUCAACAUCUAGCAAAAUAUGAAACUGAACCUGAAAGAGAGCAAAUAUUCUAGAAAGUUCUCAGCCAUUGCUUUAGAAGUCCAACUGGGGAGGCUGUGGGUGUUCAAUGACUGUUUCCUGAAAAUGAAUUUGUAGCUUGGUGUAGCUGAAAUCAGUGCUGGUAUCUGUGUACACACCCUCUCCACUAGAAGACAAACAGACUGCGUGCCUAGAAUAUAACCACAUCAAACUGCCAAUGUGCAUAUCUUGCCAAUAAAACCAGUAGAGGGUAGCAUUGCGCUAUCCAGAACCCUACCCUAACCUUUUAACAAAUUGAAUCUGUUCAUUCAAACUCUCCCUUAUUUUAGUUUCUGUGUUAAAGUAUCAAAAUAGAUGUCAUGCUCCUACAGUUGCUAUAAACAUUUCAAUUUGGUUUGUCAGUGCUCCAAAACUUGGGAUUUUUUUUGUAAAUUAAUUAUAGGAAUAAAAAGUGUCUGGUUUUAAAAGUAAAUGAUUUGUUCUUGCAGUUGUAUUUUAGACUUACAUCCAUGCCAAAAAAUGUAUAAAGAAUAUACAUUAACAGAUGUGAAUAACAGUAAAAAAUUAAGAAACGUGGCUGUAGGGAUGAUACUAUAACCUGUCCAGUUACCAAACACGUGUGUGCGUGUGUGUGUGUGUGUGUGUGUGUGUGUGUGUGUUUGCAUCAAAUCUCGUACCAUGGUCAUAUAAACGGGAUGAAGACAGAGUUAUCAAACUGGACUUUACACUUCACAUCCCUUACUUAAUCCCUGCACUUGUCAUUUUAAUGUAUUUCAUCAAACUGGACCUGAGGUUUAACAUUGCAUUCAACCUCCACUGUUGAUUUAUUAUUUAUUUUUUUUUAUUAAUAAUUAUUUAAGCACAUGUCACAUUUAAUUUUAAUUCAUGUCAACUUUAUAUUCCAUAUACCUAAUAUAUUAGUCCACAGCCCAACCUAUAUUUCCUUGUUACAGUCAACUUUAAUUUCAACUGUAUUACGAUUACAUUCUGUGAAUAAUUACAAAAUUUCAAUUUAUUCUUAAUAUUACUCUGUUAAUUUAUCUGUUGUUGUUAUUAUUAUUAUUAUUACCUUAUUUUUGUCAAUUUUUUUUCUUCUUUGUUGUAUCUUUUGGGAGCAAGCGCUAUAUUGUAAUCUUUGAAGGUGACUCAUUUUGGUCAUUAUUUCCAAUCAAAACCUAACAAACAAAAAGCUUCUUUUUUUCAUACUGGGCCUUGAGACAAGGCCACAGAUGGCUUGUGUGUGAUGAUGUCCAAAUAAAGAAUCAUGAACCACUGGUUGUAUUUGUUGAUGCCACUAGACGGUGCUCUACGUUUAUUAAAAAAAGGCUCAAACAAUGGCAGUCCAGUGUGCUUUCAACCCUUUGUUGAACAGAGAGUGCCCUCUAGUGCGCUCAGAAAAUAAAGAAAAUGGCUCAUGAAGCUUUAUUUGGCCAUCACUUCUUUUGUAGAUAAAAGGAGAAAAUUACAAUUUUCCCAUAGAGGAAGGUCACAACCUGGAGAGUAUUAUAUGUCAGUAUGAAGAUUGUAUACUGUAGGUCUCUUGCUUUGACCUCUGAACAUGGACCACUUAGCAUGUUUGAGUGCUUAUAAUUACCAACAAUAGGUGCUACAGGCAUGGGAUCAACUAUUAUAGAAAGCUCUUGACCUCAGCUAUUGUGAGUAUAGUCAGUGACAGGAAGGACUGCCAAAUAUGGGUUAAACAUGAUUAAAAUGAAUUUUUACCCAUUUAACAAUUAUAUAUAUUUAAUAUCUGAUUAUACACGUGUUUACAAUCCCCUUAACUUGUAAAGAGAUAUAUCUAUUGACUAUAUAUAACAUCUAGUACAGCUAGUUAUUACAUUGCAUCAAGAUGAUCUAUGUCAAGCUAAAUAAAGAUAUUGUACAAGACUGAAAUUGGUUUGAAUUAAAUGACAGUUUUGCUAAGCCUAAUCCUAGAUCAAAGUGGACUGGCGCCUUCUCCAUAGCAAUGGUAGCUGACACUCAUGUAACCUUCUCCCAUCCAAAACCAAGCGGCACCCUUUGAGGCUAAAAAUGAAGCCAUUGCCAAAGUACCAAAAACCGCAGUUCAUCAAAUGACCAGGAGGCUGACUCUAAAACAGAGUCAGCCCCCAUGGAUCCCCAAGUUGAAAUGCCCAACUUUAUCAGAAAUAAACAUGUUUUCAGCCUGGUGCAAAAACAAUUUUGCUCUCUAUAGUUAAUUUCAAUAUUCACACUGUACAGGGGGUGAAUAUUUUAUAACUCACCUGUUUACAUUUGCUUAAGGCCCAUAGUUAGGGUUAUUUAGGGGCAUGGCUACUUGAGGGACAGGCUGCACUGGGUGAGUCAGAUCCACCCUCGCUCCAACACAGCACUAAUCUCUUAACCAAAUAUGGUCACUUCUGGCUCCAAAAAACCAAGAUGGUGACGGCCAAAAUGCCAAAACUGGUGGCUUCAUAACAACAAAGCAAUGGGUAACUACGGAAGAGGAUUACGGAAGUGAGUUCUGACUUUGAUCUCAGAAUUAUGAGAUUAAACUCAGAAGUCAGAAUUCUGAGAAAAACUCAGAACUCACUUUUUUUAACACAGUGGCCCUAAUCCUCUUCCGUACCUAAUCCUCUUCCGUACCUAAUCCUCUUCCAUACAUAUGCACUUAAUGAAUGAAGAUUAUGAAAAUGAAACACACAAUUCACGCUUGAAAUGUUAUUAAAACACAUUUUAAUGCUGAAACUAUCAUAAAAUAUUGAGUUGUCCACUGUUUUCUCCCUUUGAAACCUGGGCAAAUCAUCUUAAUUUCUUUAAAUACAUGAAAACAAGGCACCAAAAGAAGAAAUGACCCCAAAAAAUAGCAAGAAAUUAGUAAAAAGAGGAAAUUAAAAACAAGAAAGUUAUUUUCAAAGAAGACAAAGAAAUUUUAAAACAAACAAACAAACAGGAAAAUGACCUGGAAAUGAGAAAUUGGUGCACUUUCUUCAAGAAGCACAGGAGAAGUGAUGUCUCUCCAGGUUUCAAAGGGUCAACACAAAUGUCCACCAUUUUCUUCUGUAAUCACAGAAAGACACUUGGCAGUCACAUGAAGUGUACAUGGGCCAAAAAAUGUAGGCAUCUCACAGGAGCUAUUAUUACAUUAAUAUAAUCUAUAUUGUAGAUCACACAGACAGAUAAACUCAAGUGGAAGCAGUUACAGUUUUGCUUUGGCAAUUUACUUUGUGGUAACAGCUGGAACGUGACAGUGCUGUAAUAAAGUGUCAACAGUGUGGUCUCAGAUCACCAUGAAAACAUGUUUAAUGGCACGUUUUUUUACUUUCAUUUUUACUCUCAUGGGAUAAUGAAGGGGCUUUUGCUUUUUUUUGUUACAAGGCUGAAACGUGAUUUAACAUUACCACAACAAGUUUGGUCUCGUCAACAUCAAAACGUGUUCAGUCACACUUUCACUGUCAUUCCUCUGUGUGGGGAUUAGGGCGUUCCCAGGGUUUACUUCUAAGAGAUUGUUUAAGAAGUGGUAAUUAGGGAACUGUAACAAAAUGAAAAAAGAAAAAGGUUUACAUGUGUGUGUGUGUGACAUAUGACUUUAAUUCGUAAUAUACAACCUUUGAUUACCUUUUAAUGACAGGAGUUGGUGUUUGGAAGGCGCUUCCUACACAAACAGGUGCAACCCACAGCUGUUCUCUUUUUCACCUUUAUAAGGAGAUUACCUGAAAGCUUGACAGACAGAACUUGCUGCCGUCUUUCAGAAGCAUUCAUCCCAGGUCAUAUUGUUG